AUGCGCUUUGCGGAUUAUGAUUAUAAUGGUGGAAUUUUGCUUUGCGGGUCCUGUGAUGGCUUAAUCUGCCUGUCAAAUGCCAUUUCCAUUAACACUGUCUUAUUAUGGAAUCCAUCAACGAGAAAAUCUAUAAAAUUGUCUUACCCAUCAGUUGAUCUCCGAGAUAAGUAUGAAAUUGUCUACAACUGUACUUAUCGAUUUGGCUACGAUAACACCAAUUAUGAUUACAAGGUUGUGAGAAUGGUGUUAUAUUCAAACAUUUUAAGAGUAGGCAGUCAUAGUUUGAAAUCAAAUUUGUGGCAUAAGUCAGAGACGUUUCCUCACCGUCCAAGGUCGGAGAGCUUCGGAGAUUCAAUAGUUAGUGGAGCUCUGCACUGGAUCUCGGUGGAAUCAGAUUCAGAAAUGAAAAUCUCUAUUGUUGCCUUUGCUAUUGGGACAGAGAAAUACCGAGUAAUUCCACCGCCAGAGUUUGUUGGACCUCAUUUCCGUUUUAAUUUGAAUAAUUUAGAUGGAUGUCUUUCGCUAAGUUGUCAUUACGAGUCAUCGUUUGUGGAUGUAUUUUUGCCGAAGAAAUAUGGUGGGGAAAAUGAAUAUUGGUCUAAAUUGAUUACAAUAUCACCAACAAAUCAUUUUGUAUCUUUUCACACUGAGAAACCUAUUACUUAUUCAGAAUGUGAACAGAAGUCAUUCAAGGAAAUUAGGGAUCAUGGUAUGGGAGAUUUAUCAGAAGAACAAUUACUUAUCAAAGGGGUUCAAGUUGGUUCUAUAAUUCCUACAAGGUAUCUAGAUUAA